AUGACUGCCAUCAGCGACCCGAAAGACCGCCUGUGGUCUCGCCGAGAGAUCGAGGGACUGAUAGCCGAGGGGAGAAAGAUCAUUAUCGUUGAUGGACUUGUAAUCAAAGCCGAUGCAUGGCUUCCUUACCACCCUGGCGGUGACAAGGCUAUCUUGCAUAUGGUAGGAAGAGAUGGGACAGACGAGAUCAGGGCCCUCCAUUCGCUGGGAGCCCAGGCACAAAUGCAGAAGUUCGUGAUUGGGAGGAUUAAGGGGAGAUGGUUAAACUUCUUGCCUCCUAUUCAAGGGGGCUUUUUUAGGCCUUUGAAGCAAGGCGCAGAGGACCAUGGAAACUCUGGAGAUAUUGUCGACACAGAUGUCCACUUCGAGCAGAGUGCGAGCUCUUCCAGCAAUGGCAGCAUACCCCCAUCACCCACUUUCGACGCAAUCGACGCAAGUGCCUCGACAAAUACAUCCUUUUCUUCAGCAUCUUCAGCCUCUGGAUGUGAGGAUACAGCCUUCAAGCCUAACCCUCUAGAGGUCCGUCUCUCUGCAGAGAAAUCCUCAGACAUCCUCAAAUACCCCUCCCUGGACGAGGACACCCAAGAGCGCAUUGUACAGAAGUACCGAGAAACGGAGAGUCGAAUCCGUGCUGCGGGGCUAUACCAGUGUCCUUAUGGAUCCUACGCCAUCGAAUGCACCCGCUACACCUUGCUUUUCGCCUCCUUUCUGAUUGCUCUCCACUACUCGUACUACGCCGUGUCAGGAGCACUUCUCGGAAUGUUCUGGCACCAAUUGGUUUUUACCGCCCAUGAUGCCGGCCACAUGGGUAUUACCCACGACUUCCAUACUGAUACCUGUAUCGGCAUCUUAAUCGCAGAUUUCCUUGGAGGGCUUUCAAUCGGCUGGUGGAAAAGAAACCACAAUGUUCACCAUAUUGUCACCAACUCACCCGAGCAUGAUCCCGACAUUGAGCAUAUACCCUUCUUUGCCAUCAGCACCCGCUUCUUCAAUUCUCUCCGCUCCAGCUAUUAUGACCGGGUCAUGGAGUUCGAUGUCUUCGCCAAAUGGCUCAUUGCCAGGCAAGACUGGCUUUACUAUCCUGUCAUGGCUUUUGGUCGCUUCAACCUGUACCGCCUUUCCUGGGAAUACCUCUUGCUCGGCCAGGCUCCCAAAAAGGGCCAAGCGUGGUGGCAUCGCUACCUGGAAAUAGCAGGGCAGUUUUUCUUCUGGACCUGGUUCGGAUACCUUGUCGUCUACAAGUCCAUUCCUACAGCUUGGGAUCGGUUUGUCUUCGUCCUCAUCUCGCAUGUUGUCACCGCCCCUCUUCAUGUGCAAAUCACACUCUCGCACUUUGCCAUGUCAACAGCGGAUAUGGGAACACACGAGUCCUUCCCACAGAAAAUGCUUCGGACCACUAUGGACGUCGAUUGUCCCACCUGGCUCGACUUCUUCCAUGGCGGGCUCCAAUUCCAGGCCGUCCAUCACCUGUACCCCCGCAUCCCGCGACAUAAUCUACGCGAGGCGCAGAAAUAUGUGAAGGAGUUCUGCGAGGAAACCAAGAUCCCAUACGUCAUUUAUGGAUUUGGAGAAGGUAAUAAAGAAGUCAUUGGCAGACUCGGUGAAGUGGCGCAGCAGGUCAAGGUCUACGAAGAGUGUCGGAAGGUAUGUGUCAAGGAGAUGUUGGAGGGCCAUGGACUCGGCCACUGA